AUGGCGCCGCUGCUGGAAUACGAGCGCCAGCUGUUGCUGGAGCUGUUGGAAACGGAUGGGCUAGUGGUGUGCGCCCGGGGGCUUGGCGCCGACCGGCUCCUCUAUCAUUUCAUUCGGCUGCACUGCCACCCGGGGUGCCUGGUGCUGGUGCUCAACACCCAACCGACCGAGGAGGAAUAUUUUAUCAAUCAGCUGAAGUUAGAGAAAGUUGAACACCUUCCUCGACGAGUGACAAAUGAAAUUGCAAGUGGAAGUAGAUAUGAGGUUUAUACCCAAGGUGGUGUCCUAUUUGUAACAAGUCGAAUUCUUGUGGUAGAUUUCUUGACUGACAGAAUUCCUUCAGAUUUGAUUACUGGUAUUUUGGUCUAUAAAGCCCACAGAAUCAUCGACUCUUGUCAGGAAGCUUUCAUCUUGCGCCUCUUUCGUCAGAAAAAUAAAAAUGGCUUCAUUAAAGCUUUCUCAGAUAAUGCAGUUGCCUUUGAUACUGGCUUUUGUCAUGUGGAAAGAGUAAUGAGAAAUCUUUUUGUAAGGAAGUUGUACCUGUGGCCAAGGUUUCAUGUAGCAGUUAACUCGUUUUUAGAACAGCACAAGCCUGAAGUAGUUGAAAUACAUGUUGCCAUGACUCCUGCCAUGCUUGCUAUCCAGACAGCUAUUCUGGACAUUUUGAAUGCAUGUCUGAAGGAAUUAAAGUGCUACAACCCAUCUCUUGAAGUAGAAGAUUUAUCUUUAGAAAAUGCUAUUGGAAAACCUUUUGACAAGACAAUUCGCCACUAUUUAGAUCCUCUGUGGCACCAACUUGGAGCAAAGACUAAAUCUUUGGUGCAAGAUUUGAAGAUACUACGUACUUUGCUACAGUAUCUCUCUCAGUAUGACUGUGUCACAUUUCUUAAUCUUCUGGAAUCUUUGAGAGCAACUGAAAAAGCAUUUGGCCAAAAUUCAGGGUGGCUAUUUCUUGAUUCUAGUACUUCCAUGUUUGUAAAUGCUCGAGCAAGAGUUUAUCACAUUCCAGAUACCAGAAUGAAUAAAAAGUGCAAAAUGACUGAAAAAACAAAUGUAAAAGAAAACCAAGAAACGAAAAGAGAACUAGUUCUAGAAAGUAAUCCUAAAUGGGAAGCCCUAACUGAAGUAUUGAAAGAAAUUGAAACGGAAAAUAACAACAGUGAAGUUCUUGGUGGUCCAGGGCAAGUACUCAUUUGUGCAAGUGAUGAUCGAACAUGUGCACAGCUUAGAGAAUAUAUCACUAUUGGAGCAAAGGCUUUCUUAUUGAAAUUAUAUACGAAAACCUUUGGAAAGGAUAACAAAGCUGGAGAAGUGAAGGUGAAAUUAAAAAAGGAAGACAAUUCUAAGGGAAACCAGAAAUCUAGCAAAGAAUCCAAAGUCUCAAAAGCCAAAGUCAGGACUUCUACAAAACAAAGACCUCCAAAGAAGAAGCAAGAAUUGACUUUAGCUCAAAUGAUAACAAAGAUUGAAGAUGAAACUGAAGAAGUUGAUUAUAAAGAAACAAGCAUCAACCAAGAAAGCUGCCUCAAGGAAACAGAACCUGAAGUGUUUCAUAUGAAUUUAUCAUCUGAUGCUGCAUAUGGCAUCCAGAAAGAACCCCUCACUAUCAUCCAUCCACUUCUGGGUUGUGGUGACCCCUAUGCCCUGACCAGGGUACUUCAUGAAGUAGAGCCAAGAUACGUUGUCUUAUAUGAUGCAGAACUGACAUUUGUUCGUCAGCUUGAAAUUUAUAGGGCAAGUAGGCCUGGGAAGCCUAUGAGGGUUUAUUUUCUUAUAUACGGAGGUUCAACUGAAGAACAGCGCUAUCUUACUGCUUUACGGAAAGAAAAAGAAGCUUUUGAGAAACUCAUUAGAGAAAAGGCAAGCAUGGUUAUCCCUGAAGAAAGAGAAGGCAGAGACGAAACAAACUUAGACCUGGUAAGGGAAGCUACAUCUACACAUGCUUCCACUGACACUCGCAAAGCAGGUGGCCAGGAAAAGAUUAAUUUGCAACAAAGCAUAAUUGUGGAUAUGCGAGAAUUUCGAAGUGAACUUCCGUCUCUGAUUCACCGACGUGGCAUUGACAUUGAGCCAGUUACGUUAGAAGUUGGAGAUUAUAUCCUUACUCCAGAAAUAUGUGUGGAGAGGAAAAGUAUCAGUGAUUUGAUUGGCUCUUUAAAUAAUGGUCGUCUCUAUAGUCAGUGCAUUUCCAUGUCUCGAUACUAUAAGCGCCCAGUACUUCUGAUUGAGUUUGAUCCCAGUAAACCUUUUUCUCUUACUUCUCGAGGCUCUUUACAUCAGGAGAUUUCCAGCAAUGAUAUUAGUUCCAAACUUACUCUUCUUACUCUUCAUUUCCCAAGACUCCGUAUCCUUUGGUGCCCCUCCCCACAUGCAACUGCUGAGCUAUUUGAGGAGUUGAAACAGAACAAGCCACAGCCGGAUGCAACAAUAGCCAUGGCCAUCACAGCAGAUGCUGAAACCCUUCCUGAUUCAGAAAAAUAUAAUCCUGGACCCCAGGACUUCUUAUUGAAAAUGCCAGGAGUCAAUGCCAAAAAUUGUUGCUCCUUAAUGAAUCAUGUUAAAAGCAUUGCAGAAUUAACAACUUUGUCACAGGAUAACCUCUCAAGUAUUCUUGGAAAUGCUGCAAAUGCUAAGCAGCUUUAUGAUUUCAUUCAUACUUCCUAUGCAGAAGUUACAGCUCAGGGAAAAGUUAAAAAAUGAAAUCAUAGCAGUGGCUUAUUUUGAUCAUGUCGCUAUACACUUUGUUGUCCUUUGUUAUAAUGGCAGUCAUGCUCUUAUUUCUUUGUUUUCCUUUCAGCCAGUGGAAUAUAAAUCUUAAAAUUUUCAAAUCUGGAAAUCAUCUAGUCCAAGUCCUUCAGUGUACAUAUAAAGAUACAAAUGCCCAGAGAGGAAA